AUGAAACUCCUCGCCCUGGCCCUCAUGGCCAGUCUCGGCCUCACCAGGGCCGAAAGAUCUGAGCGACGAAGCCGCACCGUCGCCGUAGCCGAGAGAGGAAUCGACAUCCUCCCCGAGCGCAAUCUCGACGAGCGCUUCCUCCUCUCGACAAUCACGCAGAUGACAGUGACGGACGGACCCUCACACGAGCUCAACAAGAGCAUGAUCGACUCCUGGACCCAGACGGCGCAUUACGCUUCAGACGUAGCAGAGAAUUUUGGUGUGGUGAAGGUUCAGACUGCUGGACGAAUGACGACACGGGAAGGACUUGUUGCGGCAGCGGCCGAAGUCAGGUCCGGGGUCAGGGGUGGUCCUGAGGAGGGAUCGCCAUUCCGCCGCCGCGUCGUCAUGUCUCGACCGCGUCCUGAAGCCACGGCCCUAGGUCGUUGGAGUGGACCUGUCGUGGCUGGGCCGUUGCAGAGCAGAGCUGCAGAGCAGUCCUCCAGUCUCUGA